AUGGCAGAUAAGGUGAAAGAUAUUAAUCAAUAUAAUCAAUUGAAAUCUAAAUAUAUCGGUCUUGGAAAUGCUGAUAUCACAAGAGAAGAAUUUAUGACAAAUGUAAAUCGAGACAUAUAUUCAUCGUUGGCGCAACAUGAUAAUAUAUUAUACUACAAUUCAGUAAUUAUGAAUGAACCAAUGGAAUUGAUGAGGCAAAAAAUGAUUAAAAAGAUGGCAAAUCCCAUACAAAAGAACGUGAAAAAGCCUAAGAGUUGA